CGUCCCGGCUUCCAAAUCUUGCAAGAGGCCGCCCGGGCGCUGUGCGCUGUCACCCACACUGCCAGACGCGGGCUGUAGUGCAGGGGUCCUGCACUGGUGUCUGGGAGCUUGAAGCGACAACAUGAUUUUUUUUCACUUUCUCUCAUCUUUAUUUCGUCUUUAUUUUCACCAACUUCUAGCCGAAAUUUGGCCUUUCCCGCAAUUCCGAAUGUAGGUAGAGCACAGAGCGUUAGGCAGCUGACUUCGUGCCCAAUGAAAAUGGCAGAUCAUUUCAGAUGGUAUAGCUUUUGUUGUAGAUAUCCUGAAAUUAACUAAAUGACAGGACCUACUGGCAGGCAGAAUAACUACUUUGAAAUUACUGUAGUUAUUCAAUCUGCCCGUAGGUCCUGGAAUUUAACCUAUUAAGAAGCACCUAUAGUACCAUAUCGCACAUUUUCGAACAUAUUAUAUUAGCAUUCUUUUGACGUUAUGUCGUAAUCCUGUUUUACUUUAUGCAUUUGGAAGCAUUUGUUUGAGAAAGGCCAAAGGGGCCUCACCUGUUUGCUCAUGCUACCAACUGUGCUAAGUGACCUUGGCCAUGCAACUCCACAUUUAUGACACCCUGAGCCCCUGCCCUGUAAAAUAAGAAAGCUGAGCUGCUGGUUUCCCGGGGCCUUGCACACUCACGGCUUCUCUCCCCAGAGUUGAGGAAUCAUUGUGGUUGCUCCAGGCUCCUUGGGCAUCCAGGUGAUCUAGAUGGACCUCACUUACUGGGGGUGUUCCACAUCGCAGCCCUUGGGCUGACUUGACGUCCCUGAGGGUGGUUAGGGAGAAGCAGUUGUCAAAUGCUACAGGCCAAAGAAGCCACCACUGUGACAGGUGACUGUGGCUAUAGCUUAAAUGCUUACCGCCCAGGAGGCAGAAGAAUCUAAGGAAUAUGUGUUAACCCCUUAGCCUCUGCUUUGCAGGAUGUCCCCCCAGAGACCCCAGAACAGCCAGCCGAUGCUGCGGAGCCUUCGGCCUUUGUGUGCCAGGCGCUGGGGGAAAUCUGUGAACUUGGAGUGUCCCGUAGCAAGGGUCAUGGCAGUUCAGGGGUACAGAGGAGCCAGGCCAGAAAGCACCCUGCAGUGGUCUUCCUGGAGAACUUGGGAAAUUGGUUUGAUUACAUUGUUGCUUUCAGCUUGCACAAGGGCCCAAGUGGACUCUCCCCAGCUUCCGGAGGGGAGUCACUUUCUGUGUCCUUCCUGGAUCUCCUUCCCUAUCAAGUUGACAGUGUUUGACUCCUGUCCCCCACUCUCCUCCAUGCUUGCUGGCAGACAAGAGGGUCAGGCUAGAGCGAGCAUAAUGGGGUCCUGAAGGCCUGGCACUUCACCCCAGGGAGCUGGGGCCCCAGAUGGGUGCAGAGAGGGACCUGGAGACCAGGUGGGGCCUCAGCUCUCCUCCCAGCCGAAGUCGGGAGUUGAACAGGGAAGCGCCUGAGAGGAAAUGACAGCUGAGUUGGGGUUGUGAGCAGGCCAUGUGCGGGAAGGAACAAGGACCACAGUCACGUUCUAGCUGGAGGGCAGACUGGGCCUAAGAAGCUCGCAGGGCUAUAUGGGAUUGGCACUCCGAUGUCUGGCCAAGAGUGUGUGGAGUGGAGAGCCAGCCACUGAGGUGUUGAGCAGGGGCUGACACGAUCCGAUCCAGUGACACUCGAGGAAGAUGCUGGGGACUGCUGUGUGCAGACCACUCUAGUGGCUGCCAGCCCGGGAGUAGGAACCCUUGGGCAGGGGCUGCCUGGAGGCUCCUUAGCCGAAGGCGGGGCGGGCGGGGAGGUGUGGGAUAGUGCCACAUCCCGCUGAGGUGGAGGCUCGUGGUCAGUGAGGAGAUGCAGAGCCAGGGUGAGGGCUUCCGUUCACCUGGGCCAACGCCAGACCUUGUGGUCCUCCACAGAACAGACCCCCGAGGCAGGACAGACAGGAGCAAGAAAGCUCAGCGUGAGGCCCAGCAGUUCCCUCCCCGGAGGAGGCAGGUGGGCCCCUAGGGCCCGGCUGAGCAGUGAAGUGGCAAAUAGGACCAAUGAGAGAGAAAGGAAAGAGCGCAAUGGUGUUGGCUUGGUGCUUGGGUUGAAUUGAAUCAAAAUGGAGCAGCUCUUCCCUGAGCCCCAGAGGGAGAGCGAAGGAUCAGCCCCGACCUGCCCUCCCAGGGCCUAAACUACAGGAGGGGAAUAGACAUUGUGCCUCAGGAAUAAAUGGGGCCAAGUGGUCUUCGUAUAUAAGAACUCAUUUAAUAUACACUACGCCUCCGCAGGGAGGUACUGGUAGCACCCCCAUUCCACAGGUAUGCAAACUGAGGCCCAGAACGGUUACGGCCCAAGGUCGCACCGUAGGUAGAGCCGAGGCUUGAACACAGACAGCUCCUCCCUUCCCCAGGCCUGCCUGCCGUCUUGGCUUCGAGUCAUUUUCAGAGCACUGAACCUCUCCUUUCUUUGACAUGAAUACGUUUCUAGGCUAGUAGGCCAACUCACAGCACAGCCGGCCCCAAAGCAGUUGAUAGUCAAUGAUAAGUCUCCAUUGCUUUUAAAUCGUCUGUUUCCGUGACUGCAGGAAAUGGAAGGUUUCAUUGUGAGCCAAGGCAAGAAGGUGAUUUGGGGAUGGCAUGGCGCUUUAGGGGAGGGCAGGAGGGCGGGCCAGGGCCUCACACCAGAGAAGAAGAGGGAAGAUGCUCAUCUCUCUCCUCCCCCUCCGCCUCUUCCCCCUCCUCCUCCUCUCCGUCCUCCGGCACCACCAUACCAUCUCAUGCCUUUGGGUUUGAGAACUCAGACCACAGCUAAUGGUCUCUAGUUCAACUGGGUAUUUGGUUAAAAGGGCUUUGGGGCUAGCCUGGAAAGCUGCACAUUUAUGACGCCACUGAGGUAGGAAAGCCUGUUCUGAGUUUCACAGCAGACCCAGGAAAGGCUGGAUUCCCUAGAUGCGGUGGCCCCAAGGGAACUGGGACAAGGAGCAGGACUUUCAUAGUCCGCAGAUGAAAGAACGGAACGGCAUCAGCGCCAGGAGAGAGAGGCGCGAAACGCCUCGGCGAGAAAGGAUCCUGCGGGCGUCUAGAGGCCACGUGUACGAAGGAAAAAGGCAGAACGGUCCUCCACUCGUGCCAGCCAAUCAGCAGGACCCCCGCCUUCCUCUGGCCUGCCACCGCCACUCCGAGGCAAGGUCGCAGCGUCUGCGUCGGAAAUCACGGGGACUCCUUCCUGCUGGCUCAGCUGGGAGGCUGAGGUCUGUUUUGCAAAAGCUGUUUAUCUGAAUGCUGAAUAAGUGUGGAGACUGCCAUUCUUUUAAGCUCUCCGCCCCGGGUUACAAUCGGGGUUCCAGAUGAAGCCCGAGUCGGGGUGGGCCCUCUGCCACGUGGCUGUGGCCAGCUGCCUCUGUGUGGCCACUGUCUCCACGGGCGUUUUUGAAGGCGUCUUCGUCCAAGUGGGCUACGAACACUAUGCAGAAGCCCCGGUAGCCAGCCUCCCCGCCUUCCUAGCCAUGCCCUUCAACUCACUCAUUAACUUGGCCUACGUGCUCCUGGGAGUGUACUGGCUACAGAGAAAUGCCAGCACCCCACAGCGCCCCGAAGCGGUGCGGCGGGCUCGUUACCUGAAGGACGUCUUCGCCGGCAUGGCCCUGGUCUACGGCCCAGUGCAGUGGCUGCGGAUCGGGACGCAGGCGCACCGCGCCGCCGUGCUGGACCAGUGGCUCACCUUGCCCAUCUUUGCGUGGCCGGUGGCGUGGUUCCUCUACCUAGACAGGGGCUGGAAGCCCUGCUUGUUGCUCACCGUCGAGUGCCUCUCGCUGUGCAGUUACGGCCUUGCCCUGCUGCACCCCUGUGGGUUUGAGGUUGCGCUGGGCGCGCAUAUCGCCACUGUGGUGGGCCAGGCCCUGCGUGCCCAAGGGCGCUACGGCAGCGCCUGCUCAGGCGUGUACUUGGCUGUGGGUGUGCUCUCCUGCCUGGGCUUUGUGGUCCUCAAGCUGUGUGACCAUCAGCUGGCACAGUGGCAUCUCUUCCAGCGGCUCACGGGCCACUUCUGGUCCAAAGUCUGUGACGUGCUCCAGUUCCACUGUGCUUUCUUAUUUCUGACAAAUUUAAACACUCGCCAGAGCCUCCCUCCCGAGGGGAAGAUGCGUUAACGUGUGGAAAGAAGCUACUUACAGCACGCGUCCAAAUGGACAACAAUCAGAUGACAUUUUGUCGUUAGUGUUACCUUUCCUGGGUGUGGUCACAUAUGAUGAUUACACGGAACACUGUCCCUUCUUUCAAAGUUACGGGCUUCAAUACUUAGGGGUGAAAUGUUAUACCCUCUGCAACCUACUUUCGAAUAGAUAAAGCAAAUAUCUAGGGGUGGCGGAUGUGGGGGUUUGUUAUACUCUUCCUGUAACUCUUCCGUUGUUUGAAAAUUUUUAAAUAAAAUGUCGGGGGGAAGCGACCCCAAGAAAUUCAUGACGCUCA